CGGCUUUAAGAAUAUCCUUCAGCCAGGAGGGAGCGCCGUUGCUUUAAGACUCGCCUGGGAACCGGGACGCCCCUCUGGCAAUCUGUCAGUGCCUGGAUCAGCUGCAUCCUUUCUGGGGUAUUUUCUCACCAGACUGACAGUCCUUAGGACAAGUAUGCAGUUAAGCUGCUAAGGGAUGGAAGAAACCAGUCUGUGCCUUGGAGUGUCCUCGGCGGCACCGGAAGCUGAGUCCCACCUGAGCGGCCCCGUCCUCAACGGCCAGUAUGCCAUGAGUCAGAAGUUGCACCAGAUCACCGCCCAGCUCAGCCAUGCCUUCCCCGAGCUGCAUCCGCGGCCCAACCCUGAGGAGAAGACCCCCGCGCCCCUCGAGGAGAAGGCCCACGUGCCCAUGAGUGGCCAGCCCAUGGGCAGUCAGAUGGCUCUCCUAGCCAACCAGCUGGGCCGGGAUGUCGAUACUAGCCUCAAUGGGCGAGUGGACCUGCAGCAGUUCCUCAACGGGCAGAACCUGGGCAUCAUGUCCCAGAUGAGCGACAUCGAGGACGAUGCCCGAAAAAACCGCAAGUACCCGUGCCCUCUGUGCGGCAAGCGGUUCCGCUUCAACAGCAUCCUUUCCCUGCACAUGCGCACUCACACCGGCGAGAAGCCCUUCAAGUGCCCCUACUGCGACCACCGGGCGGCGCAGAAGGGGAACCUCAAGAUUCACCUGCGGACCCACAAGCUGGGCAACCUGGGUAAGGGACGCGGGCGGGUGCGCGAGGAGAACCGCCUGCUGCACGAACUGGAGGAGCGGGCCAUCCUGCGGGACAAGCAGAUGAAGAGCAGCCUGCUGCAGCCCCGGCCCGACCUGAAGCCCCUGCCGCAUGCUCAGCAGGCCCCUCUGGCCACCUGCAACCUGGCCCUGCCUGCCAACCACAGCGUGCCCGACGUGGCCAACCCGGUGCCCUCGCCCAAGCCGGCCAGCGUGCAGGAGGACCCGGUGGCGCCGGCUGCUGGCUUCCGCUGCACCUUCUGCAAGGGCAAGUUCAAGAAGCGGGAGGAGCUGGACCGCCACAUCCGCAUCCUGCACAAGCCCUACAAGUGCACGCUGUGCGACUUUGCGGCCUCGCAGGAGGAGGAGCUCAUCAGCCACGUGGAGAAGGCGCACAUCACCGCCGAGUCGGCCCAGGGCCAGGGCCCCAGCAGCGGCGGGGAGCAGUCGGCCAACGAGUUCCGCUGUGAGGUGUGCGGGCAGGUGUUCAGCCAGGCGUGGUUCCUCAAGGGCCACAUGCGGAAGCACAAAGACUCCUUCGAGCACUGCUGCCAGAUCUGCGGCCGGCGCUUCAAAGAGCCCUGGUUCCUCAAGAACCACAUGAAAGUCCACCUCAACAAGCUGUCUGUGAAGAGCAAGUCCCCCAGCGACCCUGAGCUGCCUGUGCCCAUGGGGGGCAUGUCCCAGGAGGCCCACGCCAACCUGUACUCCAGGUACCUCUCCUGCCUGCAGAGCGGCUUCAUGGCCCCAGACAAAGCCGGCCUGAGCGAGCCCAGCCAGCUCUACAGCAAAGGGGAGCUGCCCGUGAAGGAGAAGGAGGUUCUGGGCAAGCUGCUGUCCCCCAUCUCCGGCAUGGCCCACGGCGUCCCUGAGGGCGACAAGCACUCCCUCCUGGGAUGCCUCAACCUCGUGCCGCCGCUGAAAUCCAGCUGCAUGGAGCGGUUGCAGGCAGCUGCCAAAGCUGCUGAGAUGGACCCGGUGAACAGCUACCAGGCUUGGCAGCUCAUGGCCAGGGGUAUGGCCAUGGAACAUGGCUUCUUGUCUAAAGAGCAUCAGCUACAGCGCAACCACGAAGACACUUUGGCAAACGCCGGGGUUCUGUUUGAUAAGGAGAAGCGGGAGUACGUGUUAGUGGGAGCAGAUGGCUCGAAGCAGAAGAUGCCUGCUGAUUUGGUUCACAGCACUAAAGUGGGCAAUCCGAGAGACCUGCCAAACAAACUCGACCCUCUAGAAGGCAGUCGGGAUUUUUUGUCACACGGGCUGAACCAGGCACUCGAAUAUAACCUGCAGGGUCCUGGGAACAUGAAGGAGAAGCCCACCGAGUGCCCAGACUGUGGCCGAGUGUUCCGCACCUACCACCAGGUGGUCGUGCACUCCCGCGUCCACAAGCGGGACCGCAAGGGCGACGAGGAUGGGCUUCAGGUGGGCCUGGAUGAGCGGCGCGGCUCGGGCAGUGACCAAGAGUCCCAGUCGGUGAGCCGCUCCACCACGCCAGGCUCCUCUAACGUCACCGAGGAGAGUGGGGCUGGAGGCGGGCUCUCUCAGACGGGGAGUGCCCAGGAGGACAGCCCGCACCCCUCCUCGCCGUCCUCCUCAGACAUCGGCGAGGAGGCUGGGAGAUCCACCGGCGUCCAGCAGCCCGCGCUGCUCCGCGACAGGAGCCUGGGCUCGGCCAUGAAGGACUGCCCGUACUGUGGGAAAACCUUCCGGACAUCCCACCACCUCAAGGUCCACCUGAGGAUACACACAGGUGAGAAACCCUACAAGUGUCCCCACUGUGACUACGCCGGCACCCAGUCAGCCUCCCUGAAAUACCACUUAGAGCGGCACCACCGGGAGCGGCAGAACGGGGCCGGGCCGCUGUCUGGACAGCCCCCGAACCCAGAGCACAGGGACGAGCUGUCCAGCAAAACUGCCUUGUUUAUCAGGCCAGACAUCCUGAGGGGGGCCUUUAAGGGUCUCCCUGGAAUGGACUUCCGAGGUGGCCCUGCCUCUCAGCAGUGGACAUCGGGAGUGCUCCCGUCCGGAGACCACUCGGGGCAGGCCACUGGCGGGUCUUCGGAGGCUCCUGCAGACGCUCUGAAAGCCGCCGACCUUCCUUCCAAAAGCACCCACUUCUCUGAAAUCGGAAGAGCUUACCAGAAUAUCGUGAGCAACGGUGUCAAUUUCCAAGGGUCCUUGCAAGCUUUCAUGGACAGCUUUGUCCUAAGCUCGCUGAAGAAGGAGAAGGACAUGAAGGACAAAGGCCUGUCUGAUCCUCCUUCCACGAAAGUCCACGGGGCGGACGGCAGUGAGGAGAAAGCUGGUGGGAAGGCUGCCCUGAGGAAGCUGGAGAAGUCUCAGUACGAGCCUCUGGACUUGUCUGUGCGGCCGGACGCCGCCUCCCUCCCCGGCUCGGCGGUGACCGUGCAGGACAGCGUUGCGUGGCAUGGCUGCUUGUUUUGUGCGUUCACGACAUCGUCUCUGGAGCUGAUGGCUCUUCAUCUCCAGGCCAACCACCUAGGCAAAGCAAAACGCAAAGACAGUGUCGUCGGGGUGACCGUCAACUGCAAAGACCAAGCCCGGGAGGCGAGUAGAAUGCCUCUGCUGUCCUCGGUGCAAUCCAGCAAAGAGAUGGCGCUUUCCCACGUGACCGCGCCUCUAGACUCUGCUUCUGAGAAGAUGGCCCAAGGACAGGUCAAGGAGACUCUGGGGGAGCAGAAGAGCGGCACGUGGCCCGGCCACGUGGACCCCGCGUUUUGUAACUUCCCGUCGGACUUCUACAAGCAGUUUGGUGUAUACUCGGGUGUGGUGGGCUCUGGGGUCCCCAGUUCCUGCCCCAACAAGGAGCCUGAUGGGAAGGCCCACCUGGAAGAUGACGCCCCUAUCCUGAUCCCCGAAACCACAAACAAGACUACUACCGAUGACCUCUCCGACAUUGCCUCCUCGGAAGACAUGGACUCCUCCAAGGGAGAAAACAACGAUGAAGAGGAUAUUGAAACGGAGCCGGAGAUGAUGAGCAAGCCGCAGUCUGCCCUGAGCAAGGACAGCAGCAGCGAUGGCGGGGACAGCCUGCUGCCCACGGGCACCCCUCAGUCUGCCCAGGGACUAGUCUCACCUUUACCCCAGGUGGCGGAGAAGCAGUGGCACGGCCCGGGCCUUCUUCCAGCCCAGGACCCCUCUGUGGGCCUGCCCAAGCCGGAGCGGGGCCCCCAGGGCCUGGAGAAGCCGAUGAACAUGCUGUCGGUCCUCAGGGCCUACAGUUCUGAUGGCUUAGCAGCCUUUAACGGACUUGCGAGUAGCACAGCAAAUUCUGGAUGUAUCAAGAGGCCAGACUUGUGUGGUCACAGGCCUUUCCAGUGCCGCUACUGCCCCUACAGUGCCUCUCAGAAGGGGAACCUGAAGACGCACGUCCUCUGCGUCCAUCGCAUGCCUUUUGACAACAGCCAGUAUCCGGACCGCAGGUUCAAGCGCUCCAGAGUCGACGCGGAGGCCUCUGGGAAUUUCGAAGAGCCCACAGCUGUCAAGGCGGGGAGCUCAGCGGAGCUCACGCAGGAGGGCUGCAAGGCCCAGGAGGAGCGCAACUGA